UAAAGAACGUUCUCAUUCUCAGAAUCAUUUAUCUGAAAACGAAGAAGAAAGUGAGAGAAAGAGAAAGAGAAAAACAGGGUUUAGUUUCCUUAUCUCUGAGUUCUCAGCCAACUCGGACGAUUCUUGCAUACGAUUUUCUCUUCGUUUCUCCCUCGGAUUAUCCGAACAAUUCGACGGUUAAUUCUCUUCGAUUGUUCGGAUCUUGCAUUGGUGUAGCUAAAGCUCAAUGGCCUAGUGAAGAAUUUCUCUGAUUCCUGUGAUUCCGAUUUCUUGACGCCUCCAUUCGAUUUGAUCCAAUAAUCACGUGCAUAUUGUCUCAGAUCAGAUCCAUGUCUUUUAAAUGGCGAAGGUGAAGGUAUUGUUGUGGGAGAUCAAGUUCAAAUUGGGGAUCUCUAUGGCUUGAGAUUAAUCUCUGGCUAUCUGCAGGGGAACAUAACGGUUUUUGUUGUCCUGUGAGCCUUGUCUCCUGAUGGCCUCAAUGUAGCUGUCAGCUAGUGUCUAUCUCCAAUCUUGCCUUAGUCCUUCAAUUCCGUUGCUCUGGGAACUAGUGCAGUUUAAUACUUUUGUCAACAUUAAUGAUCGUUGGGGAUCUAGAGAUUGGUUUCAUAUUAGUGUCAUUGGCUCUGGAGUUUGGCGACUUCUUGGGACAGAAGAAGCUUUAUUCCACUGCCACCCUGUUGCCCUUUGCAACAAUUACCCAAUCCUAGCCCCAGCACAUGUCACGCAAAUCAGACAGUCCUGUUCAAACCCAGAUGGCCGUGGCUUUAUUCCGUAGUCCGCUUGGUAGGGAGUACCUCGAGAGUAAGAGAAUGGAAGGGAGGCAACCUUCUGGCAAGAGAAGGGUUUUUGUGCAAACUGAAACUGGGUGUGUCUUGAGCAUGGAAUUAGAUCGAAGUGACAAUGCGCAUACUGUGAAGAAGAGGUUGCAGAUCGCCCUUAAUGUCCCAACGGAAGAGAGCUCUCUAACGUUUGGAGAUGUUGUCUUGAAGAAUGACCUUAGUUAUGUUCGGAAUGAUACUGCCCUUCUUCUUACACGUAACCUUAUGCAUCGAAGUUCAUCCACUCCAUGCCUCUCACCCACUGGGCGAGAUAUGCAGCAAAGAGACAAUAGUGGUCCUAUUGAGAUAUUAGGGCAAUCAAGUAACCUGGAUAUAAUGAAGCAUAUGGUCAAGGACAUUGUGAAGGCAAUGAAGAUUGGGAUAGAACCAAUUCCAGUUCAUGGUGGGCUCGGGGGUGCAUAUUAUUUCCGGAACAGAAGAGGCGAGAGUGUUGCAAUUGUGAAACCAACAGAUGAGGAGCCUUUUGCCCCAAACAAUCCAAAAGGUUUUGUUGGUAAAGCUCUUGGACAACCUGGUUUGAAACGUUCAGUUCGGGUUGGGGAAACCGGCUACAGGGAAGUUGCAGCUUAUCUUCUUGAUUAUGGUCAUUUUGCCAGAGUACCUGCAACUGCCUUAGUGAAGAUUACUCAUUCAAUAUUCAAUGUCAAUGAUGGAGUCAAUGGGAAAAACAUCCAGAAGAAGCAGCUGGUUAGCAAGAUUGCAUCGUUGCAGCAGUUCAUACCUCAUGAUUUUGAUGCAAGUGACUAUGGGACAUCUAGCUUCCCUGUUACUGCUGUGCAUCGUAUAGGGAUAUUAGACAUUAGGAUUCUUAACACAGAUAGACACGGUGGCAAUUUGUUAGUUAGAAAAGUUGGGGCUUUUGGUGAAGUGGAUUUAAUUCCUAUUGAUCACGGACUUUGCCUGCCAGAAGCUUUGGAGGACCCAUACUUCGAGUGGAUUCAUUGGCCUCAGGCUUCAAUUCCCUUCUCAGAGGAUGAGCUUUCUUACAUAAAAAAUCUCAAUCCUGCUCUAGAUUGUGAGAUGUUACGUAAGGAACUGCCUAUGAUUCGUGAGGCCUGUUUGAGAGUCUUGCUACUCUGCACCAUUUUCCUCAAGGAAGCUGCUGCUUAUGGACUGUGCCUUGCUGAAAUUGGUGAGAUGAUGACUAGGGAAUUUCGCAGUGGUGAGGAAGAACCAAGUGAAUUGGAGAUUGUUUGUUUGGAAGCAAGGAAGUUGUUGGCAGAGAAGGAAGAACUAUCUCCAAGGACUGACCUGGAAGAUGAUGAAUUCCUGUUUGAUAUAGACUGUGAUGUAGCUGGGUCAGAUUCCAUUCUGAAGAUGACAAUGGACAAUCCUCUAAUGAGAGCACCUUCUCAGCCUGGACAUGGAGGUGGGUAUGGCCGUAACCCAUUUUCCAAAUUGUACGAGAGCAUCGAGGAGGAGGAGGAAGAAGAAGAAGGUAAUGGAAAAUAUCCUGAAGUUGUCACUUUUUCUCCUCAGCAAAAAUUCCCAAAGGUUUCUGAAAUUUCUGUGUCACUGAAAAACAUCAAGUUGUUAAGUGAGGCAAGCCAGAAACACCAGAAGCAUUCAGGAGGAAAAGCAGAUAAUGGCCAUUACGGAAAUACAUCAUCUGGUCGUAGGAGUGCGAACGAGAAGCUUCCUGCAAGCAUAAGCUUUGUGAGCAUGGCAGAUAUGACUGAAGAUCAAUGGACAAUGUUUCUAGAGAAGUUUCAAGAACUGUUGUACCCGGCAUUUUCCAAGAGGAAGUCCAUAACCAUAGGUCAGAGGCAGAUACAGAGGCUCGGUACCUCGUGCCAGUUUUGAAGUUGAGCAAUACUUUGGUAUGAUGAUAGAUAGAGAACUAUAAAACGAAUAAUAAGGGUUUAUAGGUUGUUAUUAGGAUAAUUCUGGUUUAUGAUAUUUGAGUAGGUGCCGGAAGAACUGCUGUAGAUAUGCUUGUAUUUUGAUUUCAUUUUUUAUUUCUUUUUUUCCUUUGGAAGGCUUGUCUGAUAAAUAACUUGUAGGAUAAAUUUGUGAAAUGAAACUUAUAUGUAUAUAAAUGAAAGCCUUUGUUUCCUUU